CUUUGGAAUCCAUUCACUUGAAGUCAACAAAACUGCACUUUAAAACACCAAUCAUCACCACCAUCAACCUGCGAUCAAGCCGCAGUUCGAAGAAACUCUCUCACUAGUUUGUGGUCCCAUGGCUUCUCUUUCAACUUCUCUGCCAAAACCCAGUUUUCAACACCCAAAUGCCAGCAUAAAUCUGCCUGAUCACUUGCAUAAUUCGUGUCUUGUACCGAGAAAUCUUUCAUUUCAAAGACUUGGGUUGAUUUCACAACAUGGGUUGUUUGGGAAAGUGAAGAUCGCUAGAUGCUCCCAUCAAGCUGAAGCUUUGGUUGAUUCUAAUACUCAAAUCUCUGAUGUUCCAAUCCUAACAUGCUCAGAGGCUUUUGAAAGGCUAAAGAAAAACCGAGAAAAUCAGAAAGGAAAGCAGCAAUUCUUGGCCAUGUACUCUAGCAUUUUUGGAGGAAUAACAACAGAUACAUCAGCUAUGGUGAUACCUUUGGAUGACCACAUGGUCCACAGGGGACAUGGUGUCUUUGAUACUGCUGCAAUAGUAGAUGGGCACUUAUAUGAAUUCGACCAACACCUUGAUCGUAUAUUAAGGUCAGCAUCCUUGGCCAAAAUUAAUCUCCCUUUUGAUAGGGAAAAUAUAAGGAGAAUACUCAUACAAACAGUGAGUGCUUCAAAGUGCAAGACAGGAUCACUAAGAUACUGGCUCUCGGCAGGACCUGGUGAUUUCCAACUAUCUCCGUCUGAUUGCCAUCAGGCAGCUCUUUAUGCCAUUGUAAUCCAAGAUCAGUCUCCACAUGAUUCAAGAGGCAUCAAGGUAGUAACUUCAUCAGUCCCAAUAAAACCCCCGCAAUUUGCCACCGUGAAAAGUGUAAAUUACCUUCCCAAUGCACUAUCAAAGAUGGAAGCAGAAGAGAAUGAUGCAUAUGCAUCUAUUUGGCUGGAUAAUGAUGGAUUUGUUGCUGAAGGGCCCAGCAUGAAUGUGGCAUUUGUUACCAAGGAAAAAGACCUUCUGAUGCCUGCGUUUGACAAAAUUUUGAGUGGGUGCACGGCUAAGAGAGUUUUGACACUAGCAGAGGGACUGGUAAAGGAGGGUAAACUCCAUGGAAUAAAGAUUGAUGAUGUGACUGUAGAGGAAGGAAAGAAAGCAGAUGAGAUGAUGCUUAUUGGCAGUGGAGUACUUGUUCGCCCUGUGGUGCAGUGGGACAAUCAGGUCAUUGGUGAUGGCAAAGAAGGACCCAUAACUCGGGCUCUCUUGGCUCUUAUACUAGAGGACAUGAAAUCAGGCCCCCCUGCAGUCCGAGUGCCGGUCCCUUGACUCCACUAUUUCUUCCUUUCUUUGGCGCUGCAAAGUGGGACUUCAACGACAAAAUACUGCUGCUUUCCUUUCACAGGCUGUGGAGCUUGAUGUAGGAGCUACGUAUUUUUCUGUGUACAAGCUAAACCAAUCUUCUGUAACAAAAUAAAUUGAUUCGAAUUGCUUAUUCAGUGCUCACUAUCUCCAGUGGAGAGUGAAGGCAUCUGAUGUAGCUGUAUAGUUUGGUGGAUCCAGCAUCAAAAUUUCAAAACUGCAAUUUACAGUGAGCUUCAAAUUACAUUUCAAAGAAA